UCCGCUUAUUCUGGGCAUUUCCUACGAGCGGAACCAUUAAUGUUUCCUUUCUCCACCGCCCCUUCCGCGCUGCCCUGUAAAGACUGGGAGCCCCACCCCCUCGGUGGCAGCCAGCCCCCGCGGAGGGCGCUCCGCAGCAGCCCGUCCGAGCCCCCAGCGACGCGAACCGUCACGCACGGGAACGCGCACAAGACUCGGCCCGUGGGUGAGGGCUCUGGGAGCACUCGCGGCGCCCCGGAAGUCCCCGCCGGGCCGCCGACCCGGAAGCGCUCGGGCGCGGCCACCGCUUCCGCCGAGGGCGGUGCGGCGCGUGCGCGGCCGGGCGCGGGCUCCGGCCGGUGGGUGCCAUGGUCUUCCUCGGCGCGCCGCUGUGGCUGCGGAGCCGCCUCACUGACCGCUACUGGCGGGUCCGGGAGGUGCUGCAGCACGCGCGGCACUUUCGGGGAAGGAAGAAUCGGUGCUACCGGCUGGCGGUCAGAGCGGUGACCAGAGCGUUUGUGAAAUGCACGAAAGCGCGAAGACUGAAGAAGCGGAACAUGAGGACACUUUGGAUUAAUCGAAUUACAGCUGCCUCCCAGGAACAUGGCCUGAAGUACCCAGCAUUCAUUGUCAAUUUAAUUAAGUGCCAGGUGGAGCUCAACAGGAAAGUGCUCGCGGAUCUAGCCAUCUAUGAACCAAAGACUUUUAAAUCUUUGGCUGCUUUGGCCAAAAGGAGGCGACAGGAAGGAUUUGCUGCUGCCCUGGGGGAUGGGAAAGAGCCCGAAGGCGUAUUUUCCAGAGUGGUGCAGGAUUGUUGAGCGGGAUUCCGACGUGCAUGCUUUCUGCAUGCUCUUUGCAGCGGAGUGUCUUAGGAAAAGGUUUUUCCCCCUGAUGAUCACAGCCGCUAAAAUAGGAGCUAAAAACUACUUGUCAACAGUGUGUGAUCAGCAAUUAUAUUAAUUUGCAUUUUAGUAAAAGGCGUGUAAGGCCCCUUCUUCCCUCAUUGAGACAGAUAAAUAAAGCUUGUGUGGUGUGGUGUUCA